AUGCGACAAGUGGCGAUGUUCGCUAUCACGGAGCGUGCACUUUCCAAGCAAGAACUAAUUAUUGAAUCAUACACUACUUUGUUGAUGGAGGAAACGUUUAAGCAGAUUAAUGCAUCCAAAGAGCAUGAAGUCUGGAACAGUUUCUCUUGGCUCUGCUCCAGGCUAGCAUACCGUAUACGACGAAUGCAGAUUGAUGAUUACCCCACUACAUUAGACAAGAUAAAUCGGCGUAUCGAGCGAAAAACAGCCCUCGAAGCUUUUAUGACACCUAUGCUUGACGACAACAACCCAAGCUUUCAGAAGAUGACUCUGGCUGAGGUUGAAUCUACUACUGCUCUGCUUCUUAUUGCGGGUAGUGAAACUAUGACCACUAAACUUAGUGAAACAAUCAAUUUUCUUGUUCAGAACCCUGUAGAGCUUCGUCGACUGGAAAGGGAGAUUCGAGGGAUUCUCAAAGUUGCUCCGGAAGGUGGAGAUAGAAUUUGUGGUCAUUAUUUACCAGUAGGUACACAUGUAACUAUCAAUCCAGUUGCCAUGGCGUACUCAGAAGAAUAUUUUCAUCGUCAUGAACAAUUUUUACCUCGUCGGUUUCUCUCCAAUGAUUUUCGACCCACUGAAUUCAAGAAGGGUAGUCCGAAUGCCUUGAAGCCCUUUGGGACAGGGACACGUAGUUGUUUGGGUAAAUCGCUCGCGAUGUGUGAAUUGAGACUUUUGUUGGCUCAGAUGAUUUGA